CCCAUUCAUUCGUCGGUUGAGCAUCGUCGUGACUAGACGCGACACUUGUUCGUUGCCGUGAGUCACAUCGAGUCGAACACACGCCGGAUACCUUUCUAUUUGGCCACCGCAGGGCAAACAACAACAUCGUAGUGCGGGUUUUCCACGUGAACCACGCUGCCUGUAGUGCUGUCUGUUGUCGUUGCGGCGUGCUAACCGGUGGCCUUUCAUGUAGUUAGUACAUACAAUCUAGUGCAGUUUGCCACCUUCAUCACAGCUGAUAACGUUUUUCGCAGAGAAGGAAAUUGCGCCAAUAAUGCCCUGGCGAUAAGUGUAGUGUAGCUUUAAAUACCCACCAUUUCCAGUGAAGUUCUAUCGUUCGGUGAACACAUCGUGACUUGCCGUGACCUCAGCAUCCACGGCUGCAUCAGGGAUAUCUUCGCACAGCUACCGUGUGUUCAUGCAUAAUUCAAACAUUUAUGAAAAGUAGUUUGUCUUUGAAGAAUAAAUUCAAUUUUUAACAGUUCAUUGAGUGCAAAACAACCAACCGUCUCCUUAUGUAAGGCGCUAAGACAAACAGUGAAUCAGUGCAUCAUACAUACACCCUCAUACGCAGACAAACAGCGCGCAAAGCCAACAUGUGGAGCCGAAGAUUGGCGACAACGUCGGGUAUCUUACAGCUGCUGGCAAUAGUGGUGACCUUCACACAGUGGCCAAUUCAACAGAUCGAUGCCCAGUUUACCGUUGACCAGAUGCGAGUGGUAUCCAAAUCGAACAAUGACACCCACUUUAGCCAGACGCUGAAAAAGAUUCUGAAGCCUCGGAUCGUUGGCACCGCCACCCACGACGAAGUUAAACGGUACAUCGUGGAACAGCUGAAGCGGCAACAGUUCACCGUUGAGUUGGACGAGUUCAACGACAAGACUCCACAUUUCGGACGGUUGAAGUUUUCCAACAUUGUCGGGAAGCUGAACCCGGAGGCGGACAAAUAUCUGACGCUGGCCUGUCACUACGACAGUAAAUACUUCCGGGAGCAUGCUUUCGUCGGAGCCGUUGAUUCGGCUGUGCCCUGUGCAAUGAUGUUGAACCUUGCGAAAACUACGGAAUCCGCUCUAUCACUGCUGAGAAACAACACCGAUCUAAGUCUGAUGUUGAUCUUCUUCGAUGGAGAGGAAGCCUUUAGGAAGUGGUCGGCGACUGAUUCUUUGUAUGGAUCAAGACACCUGGCGACCAAGUGGACCACAAUGCCGUACGUUUCGCGGACGCUAGGAAAAUCGAUGCGUGAGAUCGAUCGAAUUCAGUUGAUGAUACUGUUGGAUUUGAUUGGCGGGGAGAAUCCAAAGUUUUACAACUUCUUCGAUAACACCAAGAAUUAUCACAGAAGGUUGAGUGGCAUCGAGUCGAACCUGAGGAAAAACAGACUGCUGCUGAAGGACCCCAAAAGCAGUGAGAUGUUUGUCGAUCAGACCUCGUUCAGCAGGAUCGAGGAUGAUCAUUUGCCGUUUUUGAAGAGAAAUAUUCCGAUUCUCCAUCUGAUACCGGUACCAUUCCCGAAGCAUUGGCACAAACCAGAGGAUACGGAAGAAAACAUCAAUCUCCGAACGGUCGGAAACAUCAACAUGAUUCUGCGCGUGUUCACCUUGGAGUAUCUCACCUACUGCAACAGCAAAUAUGGCAAGCCACUCAGUUCCUGUUUGGAUUAGGUUGAAAGUGAUUGUUACGUGUGUACGAUGCACAAUGUAAAAUUGACACCCGGUAUUCAACAACCCGGAAAGUGUUUUGAAGCUUCUUUCACGCAAGCUACCUAAAUGAAAUUGAAAUUCAAGUGAUUGCAACUGCUUUAGAGUAACCACUCAACAUAAUUUAUACUUACUUUCAGUAUUUUGUGCACUAUUUAAACAAAUGCAUUUUUAAAUCAGAAAAAUAAACAUAAUUUAUUUUCCACAAUUUAU